AUGCCAUUUGAGCUGGGACAGGCCCUGGUCCAGGUGCCACCACUGGCAAAGGCAGAGGACCCUCGACUCCCUGGAUCAGAUGCUUCUCAAGGGGAACUCUCCAGCCCUGAAGCUGCCCGGCAGCUUUUCAGACGCUUUCAGUACCAGGUGCUGUCUGGGCCCCACGAGACCCUAAGGCAACUUCGGAAGCUCUGUUUCCAGUGGCUGCAGCCAGAGCUUCACAGCAAAGAGCAGAUCCUGGAGCUCCUCAUGUUGGAGCAGUUCCUGACCAUCCUGCCUGGGGAGAUCCAGAUGUGGGUGCGCACACAGCGUCCCAGCAGUGGAGAGGAGGCUGUGACGCUAGUGGAGAGCUUGAAGGGCGACCCACAGAGACUAUGGCAGUGGAUCAGCAACCAGGUUCUGGGAAAGGUAACCUUACCUGAGAAGGUGGAAUCUGCACACUGCCACAUGAGGGAGACAGAGGCCUGUCCUGAAGUGGUGCCUCAGGAGCUGGGACUUCAGAAUUCAGCCUUAGGGCCUGGGGAACACCUGACCCAUGCUGUCAAAGAAGAAUCUCUCACGGAGCCGGAAUUAGUAAUAACUGCUCCCCAGCUUCUUGCCCAACCUGAGGAAAGGCUCAUCAGAGACCAGGACUCUGGAGGCUCACUUCUCCAAGCUUCAUCUCAGGAGCAGUGGAGGCACCUGGAUUCAACUCAGAAGGAGCACUACUGGGACCUCAUGCUGCAGACCUAUGGGAAAAUGGUUUCAGGAGGCACUUCCAGUCCCAAACCUGACCCAGCGAAUUCAGCACAGUAUGGAGAAGAGCUGGCUGGGCUCCCCCUUCAUGCCACUGAGAAGAUGCCAGCAUCCAUCUGCAGAGGAGACAGACCGGAGGGCGACAAAGAAAACCUAAACCUAAACUUGGAAAAUUAUAAGGACCAGGAGCCUCCAGAUGCCCCUUGUCAUGUCUCAGGAGACGCCCCUCCUCAGGGUUCUUUGAGUGGCUUUUUUGGUGAGAAUGAACAAAGAUGCUUUGGAGAAGGAGAUGAUCUCCCUAAGGUACUGGGACACCUUCAAGGUGAGGAGAGAGGACAGGAAUGUUCUCCUCAAGGAAUGGGUUCUAGGAAACAGCUGGACCAGCAUUUGCUUGAGUCUCAUCCAAGAGACCUGUCUGUGCAAUGGCUGGAGCAGAAGCAGGAGGCCCCCCACAAGGACCAGCUGAGGCCUCCCGCGACUCAGAAGCUCCCCACCUGCAGAGAGUGUGGGAAAACCUUCUAUAGGAACUCUCAGCUUGUGUUUCACCAGAGAACUCAUACUGGAGAGAUGUAUUUUCAGUGCCCCACCUGUAAGAAAACCUUUCUGCGGAGUUCAGACUUUGUGAAGCAUCAGAGAAUCCACACAGGAGAGAAGCCUUGCAAGUGCAGUUACUGUGGAAAAGGCUUCAGUGACUUCUCUGGAUUACGCCACCAUGAGAAAAUCCACACAGGAGAGAAACCCUAUAAAUGUCACCUCUGUGAAAAGAGUUUCAUUCAGAGGUCUGACUUUAAUAGACACCAGCGGGUCCAUACAGGAGAGAAACCCUAUAAAUGCUCCCACUGUGGGAAAAGUUUCAGCUGGAGUUCGAGCCUUGAUAAACAUCAGAAAUCCCAUCUGGGAAAGAAGUCCUCUCAAUAA